GCAUCGGUGCAUUUUGGCAAUCUGUCGGCCUCGAAUUUGGAGCUAUGGAGUCAAUUUACUUUCCCCAAACGGAAUCCAUUCGCAUGAAAAGGAAAUUUGAUGUCAUCUCCUUUGUCGCGAUCGCUCCUUGGCCUCACAUGGCAGCUGCAGUAUGUUUGUUCCUUUUCCCCCUUCGAUUUGAUACUUAUUUUCGUGUCAUUUCUUAUUUGAAUCCCUUUCCCUCUCAUUUUCCCUCCUCCCAGUGCUUAAUUUUCAUCUGGGUUGUGAAAAUAGUCGAACCAGGCAAAUGGGUCUCUUCCCAUUUGCCCUUAUUUUGACCUCUUCGCUCUUUGUUUCGACGUUUUAUUCGGUCCAUGGAGGAAUUCCGACCACCAUUGAAGGGCCGUUUAAGCCUGUAACUGUCCCGCUUGACAAGAGCUUCCGGGGGAAGGCCGAGGACUUGCCGGAAACCGAUCCUCGAGUCCAGAAGAUUGGCGGGCGGUUUCAGCCGGAGCAAAUCUCUGUUUCUCUCUCGGCAAAUUAUGACUCCGUUUGGAUUUCUUGGAUUACAGGGGACUUCCAAAUUGGAGAUAACAUUCAACCGUUAGAUCCCAAAAGUGUCGCGAGUAUUGUUGUGUAUGGAAAGUUCAGAACGCCAAUGACUAACCAAGCCAAGGGUUACUCUCUUAUCUACAAUCAACUUUAUCCCUUUGAAGGCCUCAAGAAUUACACUUCUGGAAUUAUACACCAUGUUCGCCUAACGGGAUUGGAACCUGAUACUUUGUACCAAUAUCAGUGUGGAGACCCUUCAGUUGCAGAAGAAACGAGUGAUGUGUAUUAUUUCAGCACAAUGCCUGUUUCAGGGCCUAAGAGUUAUCCUAAUAGAAUAGCGGUGGUUGGGGAUUUGGGUCUUACGUACAACACUACAUCAACAGUUGAUCAUAUUUUGAGUAACCAUCCUGACCUUGUUCUACUGGUUGGGGAUGUAAGUUAUGCCAACUUAUAUCUUACGAAUGGCACCGGCUCUGAUUGUUACUCUUGUUCCUUUCCUGAAACUCCUAUUCAUGAAACUUACCAGCCUCGUUGGGAUUACUGGGGAAGGUACAUGCAGCCUCUAGUGUCCAAAGUUCCAUUAAUGGUGGUGGAAGGGAACCAUGAGAUAGAACUACAAGCUGGAAAUCAAACAUUUGCGGCUUAUAGUUCCCGAUUUGCAUUCCCAUCCGAAGAGAGUAACUCGUGUUCGACAUUUUACUACUCUUUCAAUGCAGGUGGCAUUCAUUUCAUAAUGCUUGGUGCCUACAUUUCAUAUGACAGAACAGGUGACCAGUACAAAUGGCUUGAGCAAGACCUGGCUAAAGUUGACAGGAAAGUUACUCCAUGGUUGGUAGCUACAUGGCACUCCCCUUGGUAUAGCACCUACACUGCCCAUUACAGAGAAGCAGAAUGCAUGAGAGUGGCAAUGGAAGACUUGCUCUACAAGUAUAAAGUCGACAUAGUCUUCAAUGGCCAUGUUCAUGCCUAUGAGAGGUCAAAUAGAGUAUAUAACUACACUUUGGAUCCUUGCGGUCCUGUCUACAUAACGGUAGGUGAUGGAGGUAACCGAGAGAAGAUGGCGAUUGAUCAUGCUGAUGAACCUGGAAACUGCCCGGAGCCAUCCUCGACACCGGAUGAAUUCAUGGGCGGCUUCUGUGCAUUCAAUUUCACAUCUGGCCCAGCUAAAGGAAAGUUCUGCUGGGAUCAGCAACCUGAUUACAGUGCAUAUCGUGAAAGUAGUUUCGGCCAUGGCAUUUUGGAGGUGAGAAACGAAACUCAUGCUCUGUGGACUUGGCACCGAAACCAGGACUCAUACGAAUCGGUUGGGGAUAUACUUUAUAUCGUACGACAACCGGAGAUUUGUCUAGUAGAAAAGAAGGUAUACAUAUACAGGCAUGGAAAACAAGAAGAAAUGUGACAUUAUAAGCAUGAUGAACUCAGCCAACAGUCUGGAGAACAGACAGAAUGGAGAUGGGGAAACUAAUUGAGGAGGUUAAGCAUUGGGUUUGUAUUCUUCUGAAACUCCUCCAAUUUUAAUGCUCCUAAAUAACCAAUUUUCUUGAGGCAUUAGAUAAAUGAGGAUGUGAUUUUAGCAUUCCAAAUUUGGCCCGGUUUAAAUCCUAUUUUGAUCCUUCAGCUUUCAAUCUUAUUUCAUUUUAGUCC